AUGGAAUCAGGAGAUAUUGAAGACGGAUUUGUGGCACCCGGCUUUAAACCUCCAAUUAAUGGGAUUGUCCUCACCAGACUUAAGUCCAAGGAUAACAAAGGGGAAAAUGAAAUCCCACAUAUUGAAAGUGAUCUCGCAUGGAGUCGUAAGGUAUAUGUCAGGACCUGGGGUUGUGCCCACAACAGUAGUGACUCAGAGUACAUGAGCGGCCUUCUAGUCAACUCGGGGUUUAAGCUGACACCCAAUCCAGAUGCCGCAGAUUUAUGGGUGUUGAACAGUUGCACUGUAAAGACUCCGUCUGAAAAUCAACUCGAAAACGAAAUUUUAAAGGCUAAGAAGAAGAGGAAGUACGUUGUUGUGGCUGGUUGUGUAUCGCAGGUAAGUAAAUUUCUUUCAUAUUAUUAUUUAGGCGGCACCAACUGUUGAAUAUUUGAAAAAUGUAUCUAUUGUGGGCGUCCAGCAAGUGGAUCAAAUAGUAAACGUGGUGGAGGAAACGUUGAAGGGUAAUGUGGUAAGACAUUUAAGCCUUCGGAGGAAAGAAGCUUUGUCUUUGGAUUUACCGAAGGUUCGAAGGAACAAAUUUGUAGAAAUCUUGGCAAUCAACACUGGAUGUCUAAAUCACUGUACAUAUUGCAAGACGAAGCAAGCUCGAGGCGAUUUGAAAAGCUUUCCGGUCGAUGAAAUUGUUAAAAGGGCAAAGUCUGCUUUUUCUGAAGGCUGUAAGGAAGUUUGGCUGACAUCGGAGGACCUUGGUGCUUAUGGAAGGGAUAUCGGGCAUGUAUGUUUUAUUCGUUUGGUCUGACAAAUUAUAAUUUACAUUCCUAGGUGUUGCCUGAUCUUUUGAGCCAGCUGGUUAAGAUUAUACCGCACGAUUGCAUGAUGAGAUUAGGAAUGACCAAUCCACCUUAUAUCUUAGACCAUCUACAGGAAAUUGCUGACACAUUGAAUCACCCACGUGUUUACAGCUUUCUUCACAUCCCUGUGCAGGCCGGGAGCGAUGCUGUUUUGGCCGAAAUGAAACGGGAGUAUACAUCUGAGCAGUUUUGUAAAGUAGUUGAUUUUAUGAGAGAGAAGUAAGUUGAGUAAUGUAAAAUAGUUUAUAUUUAGCGUUCCGGGUGUUUAUAUUGCAACUGACUUCAUUUGUGCAUUCCCUUCGGAGACAACUGAUGAUUUCCUAGAUAGUAUGAAACUGGUUGAAAAAUACAAGUUCCCUUCAUUGUUCAUCAAUCAGUUCUACCCUCGUCCCGGAACGCCAGCGGCGCGUCUAAAGAAGAUAGAUACUGUAGAAGCACGUCGGAGAACUGCAGCUAUGACAGAACUUUUCAAGAGUUAUACCACAUACAAGAACGACAGAAUUGGUAAGAAUUACCGAGUUUUGAUCUGCGAGAAAGCGACCGACAAGAAGAGUUAUGUAGGACACAAUAAGGCAUACGAACACAUCCUAGUGUCCUCGGAUAAAGACCUGCUGGGUCAAUGGGUCACAGUUCAAAUUAAAGAGGUAUCCAAAUUUUACAUGAAAGCCGAUCUCGUCGAGGACAACCAAACAUCUUUGAGAAAGUACUACAAACUUGCAGUAAUCCCAAUAAUCUUGUUAAUGUUUUUCUUUAUUGUUAAAUUACUAUAA